AUGUCAACUCUACAAGCUCUAUUCGCCGUCUCUUUCCUUUCGACGUUGGCUGUCCUUGUAUUUAGCUUUCAUUGGUUGCGAGCAAAGCUAAGAGAGGCUGGUUACGACGUCUCACGACUUAUACUUAUAGGAUUAGAACCAAAAAUCGAUACCACCCAAUUCCCUGACCGAUACCAGCAACACUCUAAUGGCAUUCGGUAUCGACAGUUCGUAUACACAAAACGAAAGCCAGUACUAAACCCCCAGGUUUGGCAAGAGUUCUCACUCAAGGAAAAGAUCGUCAUAUCGCCCAAUACCGCCAUCUACCGGUUUGCCCUGCCUCACCCGCAGGACGUCCUUGGCCUGCCCAUUGGGCAGCACAUUUCGGUCUCUACAGAGAUCAAUGGAAAGGACGUCAUGCGUAGCUAUACCCCAACUAGCAGUGAUGACGACCUCGGCCACUUUGACCUUCUCAUCAAAUCAUAUGAGAAGGGCAACAUUUCGCGCUACGUCUCUCUUCUUAAGAUUGGCGACAAGGUCCGCAUUCGUGGUCCGAAGGGUGCUUUCAAGUAUACCCCCACCCUGUCUCGCGAGAUCGGUAUGAUUGCGGGUGGUACCGGCAUUACUCCCAUGCUGCAAAUCAUCCGUGCUGCCUUGAAGAACUCCGAAGACAAGACGAAGCUCAACCUCAUCUACGCCAAUGUCAAUUUUGAGGACAUUCUUCUUAAGAAGGAGCUCGAUGAUCUCGCUGCAGCCCACCCCAAGCGAUUCCAGGUUUACUAUGUACUCAACAAUCCUCCGCAGGGUUGGAAUGGUGGUACGGGUUUUGUAACCAAGGACCAGAUCGAAAAACACAUGCCUUCAUCAAAUCACGAUAUCAAGGUUCUUAUGUGCGGUCCACCACCGAUGAUCACUGCCAUGAAAAAACAUCUUGCGGAGCUCAAUUACCCUGCUCCUCGCACAAUCAGCAAAUUGGAAGACCAGAUUUUUGCUUUCUAAAUACAUAUUGGUUUGGCUCGAGUAGAGUUGGCAAUGUAAUCGAACUAAUACAAUUGGCAUUUGGUUUU